CUCCGUGUGUCUUAUCUAGGCUAGGUGCGUCCUUACGCAACUGGGAUAACGAGCUGUCCGUGUCCUACGGAUCCAGUCGUAUUAUUACAAGGUCUCAUUACUGUAACUCGCAUCGUCACGCACGAAGCACGGACCAGGCACGGACCAAACCAGGACCAAACCUAGAAUGGUUCCGCGCGCGGUCGCCACGCAAGUGGGAAUUCCAACCCUUCCAUUGUCUGGCGCGUGGUAUGUGUAGGCAUCCACGUAAAGCGCCAUUGGCUCGUCGCUCCAUGGCUUGGCUGAUACCUAGCCGAUCCUUCGUGCGACCCUUCUCGCCAACUUCUCGCGGUCAAUAACUUACCUGAAGCCCAUAUAUACCUGGUGGUCUUCUAAAACCCGAAUCGGAGGGCUUCCUCAGUCGCGCCCGCCAUGGAUCCCCUUAUCGGCACUCUCGCUUUUACCUUGCUAUGUUUCUUGUAUGCAGUGGUGAAAGCGCGGAAGAGAGUUUCCUUGGCCGAUAUUCCUGGGCCGCAGCCGGAGUCAUUCUUAAUGGGGAGUCUCGCCGAGCUGCACCAAGAGCAGGCGGCCGAGGCGGAUUUCAGGUAUCAAGCUGAAUUCGGCGGUGUUGCGAAGAUCAAAGCACCUUUCGGCGUCGACAUGCUGUGGAUCUGCGAUCCCAAAGCUCUCCAAUACAUCUAUCAAACGUCGGGGUACAACUUCCCAAAACAGCCCGAACGUCGAGUGCUUUCAGGACUGCUCGGUGAUCAUGGGCUGACUUGGGCAGACGGGGAAACACAUAGGCGGCAGAGGAAAGUUAUGCUCCCUGCGUUUGGCUCACCCGAAGCCAAGGCUUUGCUCCCUGUUUUUGAGCACUACGCCGAACAGGUGACGCUGAAGUGGCGCGAUAUCAUCGAGGGUUCUCCGGACCAGAGGGCGGUUUUGAAUGUGAUCAAGUUAAUCGCGCCCGCGACACUGGAUGCAAUCGGCGAAGCUGCUUUUGACUACAAGCUCGGUUGCAUGGACAACGCCGAGAACGAGCUUGCUAGGGGUUACAACAGUCUUGCAGCAGGAAUCUUUUCGAGUCCCUCGAAGUCCAAACUGUUCUGGACUAGCGUUGCUCACUACAUGCCCAUGGGUAUCUCCGAAUGGCUAUAUGCCAAUCUACCAGGGAAGGGCCUUGACAAGGCUCGUCAGAACAGGCGGGCAGCGCACAGGAUAGCACGGGAGCUGCUUGACUUGAAGUCAGAGGCGUUAUUGCACAGCAAAGGCAGCCGCGACGUCAUGAGCAUCAUUGUGAGAGCCAAUGCGUCUGAAAAUGAGAAGACCAAACUCGCAGACGACGAGAUGAUAGCCCAGAUGAGGACGAUCAUGCUAGCAGGUCAAGAAACUAGUUCCAACACGCUCAGCUUUGCUCUGUACGAGUUAGCUAGGCAUCCGCACUAUCAGGACCGCCUCAGGGAGGAGAUUCGCGCCACGGAACGGGUCGUCCACGAGCGUGGUGAUUCUACGUUCACAUCGUCCGACAUGGACGGUAUGCCUUUCCUACAAGCAUUCGUGCGCGAGGUCCUACGCUAUCACCCGGCUGUACCGCACAACUAUCGGCAAGCCUUGAAGGAUGACGUUCUCCCGUUGUCAAAGCCCAUUAGGACCUUGUCCGGGGCAAUCGUCAACGAGGUCCCCAUUCCCAAGGGUACACGGGUAACGCUAUCAAUAGCUGCGUAUAAUAGGGAGAAAGACAUCUGGGGUGAGGACGCCCACGUCUUCAACCCAGAACGUUUCUUGGAAUUCUCCGGAAAGCGUGGCCCAACUGUAGGCGUAUUCGCCAACAUCCUGACAUUCUCCGGCGGUAUCCGUGCCUGCAUUGGCUGGCGCCUUGCUGUUCUCGAACUGCAGUCUUUCCUAGUCCAGUUGGUAUCGAACUUUGAAUUCGGUCUGACGGAAGAGUUGAAGCGGCUUAGAAGGGAAAACGCUCUUGUCAUGGUUCCGACGCUGGAAGGCGAGCCGGAGAAAGGUGUACAAUUACCUCUGGUAGUAUCUUUCGCUCCGCGAUCUGACUAGAUCUUCCCUCGAGCAGACUGGUGUGCUGUACGUCGAUUACUAUUUUGAUUUACACCCGGUUGCAGGUCGUCCCGCUGCAU